AUGUGUUCUUUUUAACAAAAAUGUAUAAGUAAGUUUUUACACACGAGAAUGGAUAGAAAAUUAGAAUCGGCGCUUGAUUUAAUGAGAAGAUUACCGCCUCAACAAGUCGAAAAAAAUUUAUCCGAUCUUAUUGAUUUAGUCCCCCAUCUAUGUGAAGAACUUCUAUCAUCUGUUGAUCAACCAUUAAAAAUAGCUAAAGAUCCUACAUCAGGAAAAGAAUUUUUGCUUUGUGAUUAUAAUAGGGAUGGAGACUCUUAUAGAUCUCCUUGGUCUAAUACAUAUACUCCUGCAUUGGCUGAUGGAACCUUACCAUCUGAUAAACUAAGAGAACUUGAAAUUGUUGCAAAUCAAGCUUUUGAAGUUUAUAAGGAAAUGUAUUUUGAUGGAGGCAUAUCAUCUGUUUAUUUAUGGGAACUUGAAUCUCAAUCUUUUGCAGGUGCCAUACUAAUAAAAAAAACAGGAACUAAUUUCCAACAUAAUAUGGGAUGCUGGGACUCAAUUCAUGUUAUAGAAAUACAGGAAAAACCAAAGCUUCAAUCAGCUAAAUAUAAACUCACUUCUACUGUGAUGCUAUGGCUUCAAACAAGUAAGGAGGAUAGUGGAACUGUAAUCUUAGGAGGCAGUUUAACUAGACAGAUGGAAAGUGAUGCUCCUGUACCGGAUUAUACCUAUCAUAUUGUUAACAUGGGCAGGAUAAUUGAAGAAAUGGAAAAUAAAAUUAGAAAUACUUUGAACGAAGUUUAUUUUGGUAAAACUAUGGAUAUCGUAAAUGCGCUUAGAAAUGUCAACAAAAUCGCAAUCGAAAAAGAUAAAGAAGCCUUGAGGGAUGAUCUGACUUCCGCUAUUAAAAAACGAGAAGCUUUAUGAACUCUAUAUACAUACAUUAAUUUUUUUUUACUUUUCCAACAUAACUUUCAAUUAUUUUAUAUUUUUAUAGUAGUAUAAUUGAAAACUUCCAGUUUUGUACUAAUGUAUAAAUAAACCAAAGAAUAUAAUAAAAUGGUUUUUUUAAGUUCCAAGCGUCAAUUUAGGCAUAAUUGGGGCACUUGAGCCAUUCAAUGGUAAUCUUCAAAUAUUGCUUAAAUUAACAUAGAAACGCUCGGUCACUAGAACGCUCCAGUUUUAAAUAAUAAAUUCGUUUUUCAUAUCUAUAAUCUUAUAACCAAUUUAACAAUUUAUUGUUGUUAAUAGGAAAUUGUUGUACAAAUUACCUUUAAAGGCCAUUAUCGGUUUAUU